CCAGACGUUGUGUUGGUCCACUGUGUUAGCAUUGAUAGGCGUGGGGAGACUGGCUGAGGAAGUGCACAGAGAGCCCCCAGUGAAGCCUCUGAGGUCAGCAAGGCUUCCUUUCCUGGAGGAGGCAUUGGUUCAGCUGCGACCUCAAGGAGCGAGAAGUCACAAAGACUGUGCUCUGUCCACCGUGCCUCCUGCAUGUCCUGCUGCCCUGAGUUGUCCCGAGCUAGGUGACAGCGUGUCACGCUGCCACCAUGAACGAGGUGUCUGUCAUCAAAGAAGGCUGGCUUCACAAGCGUGGUGAAUACAUCAAGACCUGGAGGCCGCGGUUUUGCUCCUUCAUUGGCUAUAAGGAACGACCCGAAGCCCCCGACCAGACACUGCCCCCGCUAAACAACUUCUCCGUUGCAGAAUGUCAGCUGAUGAAGACGGAAAGACCACGGCCCAACACCUUUGUCAUACGCUGCCUGCAGUGGACCACAGUCAUCGAGAGGACCUUCCACGUGGACUCUCCAGAUGAGAGGGAGGAAUGGAUGCAGGCCAUCCAGAUGGUGGCCAACAGCCUCAAGCAGCGGGGCCCGGGUGAGGACCCCAUGGACUACAAGUGUGGCUCCCCUAGUGACUCUUCAGCGGCCGAGGAGAUGGAAGUGGCAGUUAGCAAGGCACGGGCCAAAGUGACCAUGAAUGACUUCGACUAUCUCAAGCUCCUUGGCAAGGGCACCUUUGGCAAAGUCAUUCUGGUGCGAGAGAAGGCCAGCGGCCGCUACUACGCCAUGAAGAUCCUGCGGAAGGAGGUCAUCAUCGCCAAGGAUGAAGUCGCCCACACCGUCACCGAGAGCCGAGUCCUCCAGAAUACCAGACACCCAUUCCUCACUGCGCUGAAGUACGCCUUCCAGACCCACGACCGCCUGUGCUUUGUGAUGGAGUACGCCAACGGCGGCGAGCUGUUCUUCCACCUGUCCCGGGAGCGCGUCUUCACGGAGGAGCGGGCCCGCUUCUACGGCGCAGAGAUCGUCUCGGCCCUGGAGUACCUGCACUCGCGGGACGUGGUUUACCGUGACAUCAAGCUGGAAAACCUCAUGCUGGACAAAGAUGGCCACAUCAAGAUCACUGACUUUGGUCUGUGCAAAGAGGGCAUCAGUGACGGGGCCACCAUGAAAACCUUCUGCGGGACCCCGGAAUACCUGGCACCUGAGGUGCUGGAGGACAACGACUAUGGCCGGGCAGUGGACUGGUGGGGGCUAGGCGUGGUCAUGUACGAGAUGCUUUGCGGCCGCCUGCCCUUCUACAACCAGGACCACGAGCGCCUGUUCGAGCUCAUCCUCAUGGAGGAGAUCCGCUUCCCGCGCACGCUCGGCCCCGAGGCCAAGGCCCUGCUUGCUGGGCUGCUCAAGAAGGACCCAAAGCAGAGGCUUGGCGGGGGGCCCAGUGAUGCCAAGGAGGUGAUGGAGCACAGGUUCUUCCUCAGCAUCAACUGGCAGGACGUGGUACAGAAGAAGCUCCUGCCACCCUUCAAACCUCAGGUCACGUCUGAGGUUGACACAAGGUACUUCGAUGACGAGUUCACCGCCCAGUCCAUCACAAUCACACCCCCGGACCGCUAUGACAGCCUGGGCUCGCUCGACAUGGACCAGCGGACCCACUUCCCCCAGUUCUCCUACUCGGCCAGCAUCCGCGAGUGAGCAGUGCUGCCUGCCCGCCGCUGACGCCGCCAUAGGACACACGCACGGCUGCCAUCACCGCCGGGGGGCUUUGUCCUUUUUUUUUUUUUUAACUUUUUGCCUUUUUCGUUUGCAUCUCCAUCCGUCACCCCCUCACCCCCAUUUCCAGUUUUUCCUUCAGCCCUCUGCCAGACUCCCCUCAGCGGACCCAGCAGCCCUGCCUUCAGGAUCCGUCCUGUCCUCAUCUCUGUGCCCGGAGCAGGACUAGGGAGACUCCGCCACCUGCCCCAGGACCCAGCUUGUGGGUGGCUGGGGGAUUCCGUUUUUAAUCAGCACAAGCCCCAGUGAAGGGUGAAGGUGGAGUGGGGGACCUGCCUGGAUUUCUGGCCGGGCGCCCACAGGCAGCCUGCCUCUGCGCUGCUGCCGCCCUCGGAGGCUGCCUUCUGCUGGGCCACCUGGUGGACGGGACAGCAUCGUGGGGCUGCCUUCCAAGCCUGCCGUUAGGCUCCAAGUGGCCUGGAGAGGGGGUUGCCAAGCCGCCUCCCCCCAUGGGGGCAGAAGAGCAAUAAUGUCUAGGGACAGGCGCGGCCUUUGGGAGCUGCAGGAACAGAGGUCUAGGGCUUUCUCAUGCGGCUGGGGCCCGGGUACCCUGUGGGGCAUCUGGAGGGGCCCGGGGUGGGGGCGCUGCCCCCUCCACGCCCCACGCUGCUCUCUGGCCCUGCAGACGAGGCAGGAGGAACAUUUGGGGGUGGCCUCCCCCGCCCCCCAGCCCCGUGCCUUACCAGGGCUUCCUUCCAGCUGGCCUUACCUCCCGCUGGACCCGGGCCUGGCCCUGGCCCCUUGGAGGACGGGGGCCGGGAUCGUCCCUUCUCUCUGCCUGGGGCGGAGCGGCAGCAGCCUCAGCUGUUACACAUCUCGCACCGAGACAGUAUUGGGCCCCAUGGACUCGGGUCAAGGAGGGGAUGGGGUUGGUGUCUCCAGUAUGUUCGGGGAGGGGGGUGGGGCCUGUGAGAAGGGAGGCUCCAGGCCACCUCACCCCCUCCCCCUCUCUCAUCCCCACGUUUUGCAGCCUUAAAGUGAACGUGUCAGUGCUCUGGGCACUCGUGAGUGUGCCUCGGACUGUGUGUAGGCGGCCCUGUGCAUCUGGGACACAGAUGCACAUGGGGGGUGUGCGUGCGUGCGUGUUGGGUAUGUGUGUGUGAGGGCAAGUGUGUCCCAGCCUCGAGUGUGGGUGCUGUGUGUGGGUUCGGCACCAGUCCCUGGCCCGAGCAUUUCAUCCCCGGGGAGGGGUGUUGGCCUAGCUGGGGAGCCACACCUGAGGGUCACUUGCUGCCCUGUCCCUCCCCCCCUUCCCACCAACAUCUCCAGGUGUUUGGAAGGUAGUUUUUGUGGCUUCGAUCUCCUCCCCCCCGCCCCACCACCUCCUGUACUAGGUAGUUCACAGAGAGACAUCUUGGGGUGGGGGGGUUGGUUUAGAGGGGUGUGGGGGGGUCUCUUCCUCUUUGUGUGCGUAUGUCAUUUAUCUGACAAUUCUCCCUCCUCCCCAGUGGCCCUUCCCCAUUCCUUGUAUUUGUACGGUACAAGCAAUAAAGACACGCGUUUCAGACUGGG